AUGGCCGACUCAAAGCCGGAGCAGGCUCUCGAUAUCCUGCAACAGACGAUCAACGAUAUCCUCAUCCAAACUGGCAAGGCUCUCAAGGCUGCUCAGAGCCAGGGACCUCGCAAUGUUGAGCAAGUCCACGCGAAGUCCGUUUUAACAAGAGACCUGGAGAAGCUUAGAGCAGCCAAGGCGUCCUCCAUGUCCCCGGUAGCCAUUAAAAAUGAAACCCCUAAGCCCGUCUUUCAGUCACCUGUCCCUAUUCCCACAAUUCCCAAGGCUGCCAAGGCGCCGACGCCUAAGAUGCAGCAGAAGCAGAUCCAACAGCAACAGCAGCAGAUGAGGAAUGCGGCGGCGCAGAACAUGGCUGCGAGCCGUCCUGUUGCUCCCAUCCCAGACAUGGGCAUCGACAUCCCCGCCCCAAGCCCCGCCCAAUCCGUGACCUCUCCCGUCGUCAUCAAGAAGGAGGCCAAGGCUUCGUCGGCGACGCCCAAGACCAAGGCAUCCACCCUCGCUAAUGGGGGCAAAGGCGAAGCGAAGAGAUCACCGGCCAUCAAAUCGUCCACUCCCAUCCCCAUCCCCGUUAUUCCCACAGCGCAGACUCAAGCUCCAAGUUCGGUUCAGACUCCGGUCCCGGUCCCGCCUGUACCGGCCGCGGCCAUGACGCCAGCCCCUCCUGCUCCAACCGCCCCUCCUGCCCCCAUGUCGGUUAUGGAUACUAGUCAAUUCGGGCUGCCGCCCAGCAUGGCAGGAGGGACAAAUUUUACGGAUAUGGAAUUUACGGUCGCGCAGGGUAGCGACCCCGCGAACCACACGCCAGGGCAUAGCAUGUCGCUGGACAUGGGCGGAAACAUCGACACCAUCGACUUGGACAGUUUCUUCGAUGCCCCCCAUGCCGGGUCCCUCGAACCCCAAGAACCAGCCUCCCCGCUCAACCACGACGACAUUUACGAUCUCGGCAGCGCCACCACGGAAUCCAUGGACCUCGAUUUUGCUCUUGGUCAGGGAGGCGGAAGCACUAGUUACAUUGACGAUCUAUUUUUCGGAUCCGGGGACGGAAGCAUGGGGGACCUGGCGGACUUCAACUAG